AUGGUUUCUUGUCCCUGGACAGGAGGCACCACGGUGAAGGAACUGCUUGUGGACGCGGACUGCGGGGUUGACGACGCACAAACCGCUAUGAUGGCGCUGGCCGUGCCAAACAUGCAGAUCCUUGGCAUCGCCCGUGUUCAUGGAAACACCACCGUAGAGAACGUCUGCAACGUCCUAUGCGUGCUGCAUGCUUGUGGCCACCUGGAGAUUCCUGUGUUCACAGGGGCAUCGAAAGCACUCUUGGGGAACGCGAUUAACGCCGAACACUUCCAUGGGCAAGACGGGCUUGGUGACGCUCCAGACACGAAUGCAGAUCGAGGCAACACUAUAAUAUGCGGUGAGUUCAAUUUCGCAGUUGAUCCUGAGGAAGCUUACAUAGUACUGAACGACUACCUCUGCCCCACCUACAUUACCAGCUGGGAGUUCACGUGUCGCAGGAAAUUCCCCUGGGCGUUCUGUGAUGACUGGCUGGCUCAGGGUAUGCACAAAGCCGGGUUCAUGAAACUAAUCUUCCAGGACAGCAUCGACGCCUGCUAUGGCGAGAGGGUAGAAAAGGAAUAGGCGGCAGGACAAGGGUUAAUUUCCUGUGAUUCGUGUGCUAUGGCAGCAGCCAUUGAUGAUACGUUUAUCACCGAGAGUGAUCGCAAAGCGGCAGCCGUGGGGCUCUCGGGCACGUACUCCCGGGGAAUGAUGAUCGAAGAUCACCUUGAGAUUCUCAAGAAGACCAAAGCUUACAUUAUGCAAAAAGUGGACUUGGAGAAGUUUAAGAAGCUAAUAAUGGAAUGCUUUGAAGUAAUUAGAGGAAUAUGCACAAUACAUGUCCCUCACACCCUUUUGGUGGCCUUUUUCAUUUUUUUGUCAAUGUUC